UCCAAAAUAUCAGAAUUGAACCUCUCUCUCUGACACAAAUCGAAGAUGGGCAACGACGACGUCGAUGGCAAUGGCAAGGAAAUCCAAUACGAAUCAAAAGACUUCGCUCUCAGCGGCAAGAUAAUGCUAAUCGCCAUCGUCGUUCUCUUCCUCAUUAUAAUCAUAAUGCUCUGUCUCCAUGUCUAUGUCCGAUGGCACCUCGUACGCGCUCGCCGCCGACGAAAUAUCCGCCGCGCUCGCCGACCGCAUUUCGUCUUCUACAUGGACCCCACUGUCGUCACGGUGGCCUCUCGCGGCCUCCACCGCUCCGUGAUCUCUUCCCUCCCAGUCUUCACUUUCUCCCACACCACCCACCCGGACCCAGUGGAAUGCGCCGUUUGUUUGUCGGAGUUCGAAAAUGGGGAAACGGGUCGGGUCUUACCCAAAUGCAACCACAGUUUCCACAUUGAUUGCAUCGACAUGUGGUUCCAGUCUCACUCCACGUGUCCUCUUUGCAGGUCACCUGUGGAGACCCGAACAGACAUUGAGGCCCGACCCGAAGGUGUGGCUUUGUCUGAACCGGAAUCGAGUUUAAGUUCUGAAUUGGGGGUGGGAGGGGAAGAACUGAACGGGUAUGGAGCGGUGGGUUCUUCUUCAUUGCGUGUUGAGGUGCAAGGCAGGAACCAUAGCUUGAGGGUGGAGUCGGAGUCGUCGUUUCGGUCGCCGGUGAGUCGCAUAUUGUCGUUUAAGAGGAUUCUUAGCAGGGAGAAGACGGCAAGCGUUUCGGGUUGUGGUGGCGGGUGCAGCGACAUGACCGAUUUAGACACAGAACGAUGAGACUCAGCGAGUGGAUGACGUGGCGCCGGUGGAAUCGAAAAUGUCAUAUCGAGAAGAUUACAAGCUGGCGGCAGAAGUUACACGUGUGUGACGUGACAAAACUGAUCCUUCCUUUCAGAAUGUUAAUAUUACCUCUGUUGAGGCAAAUUUGGGAAUUUUCUACUUAACCCACCAUUCAUAUUAGAUCCAAUAUUUUUUAAUAAAAUUUAAAAUUACAUAUAAAUUAGUUUAAAUUAAAUCUGUAUGUGGUCCCAUAGUCGGUCUUUAGUAAAAUCUAUUAAAAUCAAUGCAUGUAUCAUUGAAAAUUAUCGGAUGUUUAAUAUUUUAAAAAUAUUUAAUGUAAAACAUUAUUCUUAUUUUAGAAUUUUU